UUCCGUCGAACAAACGCUGUUGCUAAGCGAUGCUCGUAAACUUUAACUUAGAAAGACGAUCCCGAAGCUACCCGCAGCUCCAUUCACUUGCGUUCAGUCCAGUUCCAUAGUUUUGUUCCCGUUAUGACCGAGCAGACAGCCGCUGUGGGACAUAAAGUUGGAAAACCGAUGUUGCAUAACUGGGUCGAAGAGAGAGCCAUUGCAGAUCUCCAUACAGAGGACCCAAAGACACACAAGCACAUACAUGGCCACAAGGGGAUUCUCACAAUAGACCUGGAGUCCAAGAUGGAGUCUGUGACUACGCUGAAAGCAGCUUAUGUUGCUCCAAAGACUCCAGUGGGGAGGUUACAGGGCAUCAGAGGCGAGCUGCUUAAAAAACACACUGCCCAGAUGAUAAGUGAGAAGAUUCAUGCUGAUCUGAACCCACUGACUCCCAAAACGGAGUACUGCUCCACAACCCAGAAGGAUUUCUGUGUGGAGGGAUUUGUGCCUCAUAAACCUGAAACAACACGUGUUCAUGACUACAAAACUGACCAGGCCAUCACAUUCUGGAGUGAAAACUGCCAGCGGAUACAGGGUGUGACUGCCGCCCGGAGCUCGAAGGGACCCUUCAGGAAGUCGGCUCUGUUCAGCACGCCCAUCACCGAGCGGCUGGAUGAAAUUGAUCUCCCACCUGACAAUUGAGGCACUACACCAGUGUGCUGUUCUGCCACUUUUUUUAAUGAUUUUUUUUAUUAAAAUGGUAAUCCAUUUUAAAGGUUAAGUUUAGUUCUUAGCGAUAGUGGCACCACAAAGGAUUUAUCUAUUCUUUAAGGCUAUUCUUUUUUUUGUUAUUAUUGGCACUCAUGUUGGUUAAGUGAACUGCCAUCGCCAAAACAGCAGUUAGAGCUGCACAAGACUCACUGUGUGUACUGGACAUCAUAAAUCCUAUGCAACAGCUGGGAGACCAGCAUAUAUUCUGUGUACCCGACUGUCAGUGUAUUGACAACAAAACUGACUUGGAUGAGAUGAAUCAGCAGUCAGUGUUUGAAAAGAUGCUACCUAGAUGCUGAGUACCAUGACCGCAGCUGUAUUUACAUCUGCACCAUGAGCACGUCACAGGAAUGGGAGGAAAGAAGGAUGUUUUGAGUGUGGAAGUGGACCCGUGGGAUGUCAUUAUUUUCUUAUUACUGAGCAAGUAUCUCCGUGCCAUCAGUGGAAGAAACUCCAAGCUGCCGGGCAUGACAGAUUAACUCAUUCUCAGUAAUAUGCAUUAAUCUGCCAAUCAGAUUUAAUCAUUUCAGAUUGUCCCUGCCCACUUUUUCCCCAGGUAACAACAACAAAUUGACUGGAGGGUUUUUGAGAUGCUAAAGAUGGCCCCUGGCUGCAAGGAGUGAAUUACUUCUAAUCAGCCAAUCGUAUUGCGUCACUUAGCAUAUGAAACGGUUCAUAACUGUCUGAGAAGCCAGUGUUUUCAAAGUGUGCACAUAUAUCCAAAGGAAAAUUUGUUGUGUACACCUAGCGCUGCGUUGGACCCUUUUUGACUCCAGAACUGCCUUAGAGUAAUUCUUCUUCAUGAAGAUUUUGGUCCACGUUGAUGUGAUUUGUUGGCUCCCACAUCUCAAAGGUGCUCUGAUGGAUUGAGAGCUGGUGAGAAACCAGAACCUUCUCAAGCAAAGUCUAAGAAUAUCUGUAAUAAGUAAACCUUUCACCCUGUCUCUCUCACACUGUUAGCUGUGGUUCCUCCAUGCGGAGGAUGAAGCAGGUUUCACUGAUUGAUGGGUGUGACAGCAACUUUAGUACUUUCUGCACCUGACUGUUGUGUUGCUGUGUGCACCUAGCCGGGAGUUUGUUUACAUCCUCUGUUCAUCUUUUUCUGUAAUAUGUCUGUUCCUCCUUUUUGCAACCUGUAAUUAUUGCAUUCAGUUAGUGCUGAGUGGCAAAAAGACACACCUUUCUCUGACACGGGGUAAAUAUGUCACCCUUAAAGAGGAACAACAGCUUCUUCACACACAUGUGCUGCUACAGCAUGCUAAUUUAAAACAAUACAUCGCUGGGAGUCACACAAUGUAUGCUACAGAUUCAUGUACGUCUUCUGUCAAUCAAAGGACAAUGUUGGGCUCUGCUGAUCCUUUCUGGGCUUUCAGCAGGGAUUAGUGGGUGGUAGCUAUGGCGACAAGUAAUUUUUAGUGUAUAUCGCUGCAGCUUUUCUCUCCAGACAUUUCAAUAUCUCACCACAUCAUACAGGAAAACCAAUUUGCCUCUGAAAGACAAGGGCUUGCAGCAGAUUUGUACUCAACAUUUGAAAUGAAAUGUGAUACAGCAACUGUCAUUUUGUUUCAGCUGUGCUAUUUAUACAUGCUGAGCUACGCUGCACAAUAGAAAUCUACAGACAGUGAAGUCAUUUUUAGGUCAGAAGGUAAUGUUCUGUUCCCACAAGGGUGUAACUGCUAUUUUAGCAUAACUGAAGUGACUGUAUCCUAAUGCUGACAAGGUCCUAACCAUAGACUAUGUAUACUAUGACAAAUAUACUAACAAGUAUACUAACAAAUUUCCCACGUGUGGGACUAAUAAAGGUUAUCUUAUCUUAUCA